AUGAGAUUUACGAUAUUGCUCUUCCAAAUUAUGUAUUUAAUAUUUCGAGUAGUUGGUGGAUCUAAUAGCUACUACUGUACGGGUUCAAAUAGUGGUAUCAGUGGCAAUGUACAUUUUAAAUGUGUAAAAAAAUUAUGCAACGGUACUUUGUGCGAAACAAUAAUCGACUACUUAGAUAAACCCGGACCGGACGUAACUAUAGAUACCAACAAUAAGGUAUUGUUGAAUCUCGAAAUCGAAAACAUUUCUACUAUUCACGUACUAUUUAUUAACUAUGUUCGUGAUUCAGUAAAUUCAAAUUUUACAACGUAUCGUCUCUUGAAACCAAUCGUUUUAAAAGUCCAAAUAGCUGGACCAAGAGAGUUUUACAAGUUGCGUUUCAUAAACUAUGUAAAUGGUGGACCGACAGAAGAAGUGAUCAGUAAAGCGACCAGGAAAAAUUAUUUUGGAUGCGAUUCUGGAAACAUUAGCCCCACGUGCGGUAUUCAGUAUUAUGGCUUAAGUGAACCGGUGCCUUUUUCAAAUGGUUUUUGUUGUUCGUGUCUCGAUUCGGUCAAUGCUGCACGUCAACAAAGAUCGUCCGAGGUAAUGAGCAAAAUAAACAUUUCAAUAACGACCAACAACGAUGUUGUUAUUCAACCAAGAGGCGAACAAGAUUGUAAAAACAUCAACAAUAAUAGUCCCAGUUACGCGAAUUCAUAUACUUAUCACGAGAGUGCGCAUUGUUUUAGAUAUAGCGAUUUAUGGUUCAAUGUUUAUAAAGUAGAAAAAUCGGAAACGGUCUUACCACUGACAUUGGAGUUAUUCAAAAAAAGCGAAAACAGCAUUUACUUGCCCCAACAAAAAUGUUUAUCAUCAUUAUCAUCCAACAGCAACCAGACCAUUAUGAAGAAUUUGGUAUCGUAUCGAUAUGAGGUCAAGGGUUUAAAUGAAACAGUCGAAAACGAUUUGAUGGCCAUGUUUAUCCUGAUACCUCAGAACGUACCUAAAACUUACCAAUACGGUCUACCGUACUUAAACGAUCAACCGGCCGGAAAGUACCUCGCGAUCCAUCCGAGUAAGAUGUCUAAAAACAGCGGUGUCGAAUGCGACAAAAUCGGAGUGGAACCACGAGCUUUCUACGAACAGCCGGACAGGUGUUAUCGGCCGCGGGGCACCUGUCUCGGCGAACAGCCCGUCCAAUUGCUGCAGCAGCGCGAGGCAGACUGCAGCGAGGAACCGUCGGCGGGUGCCGCAAGUGGUCGUUUGUUCAUCGAAGACUAUGUGAAAGGUGACAUCAGUUUCGACGACGUGCACGACCACAUUAUCGUGGACCGUCAGCCGGUCUCGACCUCUGCCGAAAUACCCGUGUCCGUGCAGAGCGUCGGAGAGGUCAGACUGGACGACAACGCCGUCAUCAACGACAAGAUUUUGCUCCAGAUAAGCGAGGUACACGCGAUUCUUGACAACGAUUGUAAUAACACCGCGAAAUUGCUCGUAUUCGUGACGAAUUUAGGCUUGAAAACGGCAGAUUUCUUCAUUGACACUUUUAGUCCUAGAGACUCGAAAAAAAUCAGAAAAAAACGGGGACAAGCGGUCGUACAUCCCCAGCAGACCGAAAAGAUCUUAUUGGCAUUCGAAUGCCAUACCGACGAAUGCGUCGCGACCGUGCGGUUGUACACCGAACACGCCGCAGACGUCGCAGUGGCGUCCAGAAAGUGCAAGGUCGUCCGAGGUUCCGGUUGCUACUGUCUGUGGCACAGACGGUGCAAGUGUUACCAGGCAGAAUCGCCAUGUGCUGUCGACAGUAGAUCGUUGAGCCAGGCACAGUACACCGGCGCCGGGUUCCUGGGCGACGUGCCCCCGAGGACGGCGAUCGCCGAGGAAGCCGUCCACGACCGGAACACGCUGGCCGCCAGUCUGAUUUUUCUGAUCGGCUACCUGGCCGUGGCGCUAGUUCUGGGCCUGCUCAAAGCUGUGUCGCCGUACCGCAGCCACUGGCUGUGGACAGUCGGUCUCGGCAAACGGCACCUGGGCGCGUACAAAGAACCGGAACUCAGAACGUGCCCGGUGGUCCGGGACGACCACGGUUACUGCGUGCACCCCAUAAUCAAGUGCCGGCACAUACAGCUGCUGGACAGGGGACAGGAAUUCGUUAUCAACGCGCUGUUCUUCGUCAUCCUGCCGACCGCCAUGGUGUACCAGGCGCACUGCAACCUGACGGGCGAUUGCUGUUUCGUGGCCCAAGACCACUCGUCGUGUUGUAUUGCUCUGUCGGCCCAUCGGCAAUCUCGCGACGAUUUCGAUUUGCCGCUGCAGACCAACAGUUGCGAUUUUCUACAGGCGCACGGGUCGAAUACGUCGGAAAGCAUCGAAUGA